UCCUGUCAUCUGACGAUUAUGGCGAUAAUGUUGCCGCAGUGCAGGCAUUGCUGAAGACACACGAAGGACUGGAGCAAGACCUUAGUGCUUUGCAUGAAAAGGUCAAACAGUCGGCCAGUCGAUCUAGUGACCUGCAGAAACUGUAUCCGGACUCGGCGUCCAGGGUCACAGAGAAUGAACAGGAAGUCAGCAGCGGGUGGACUAGUUUACGCGAGAAGGCUAAUGCACGGCAGGCUAAGCUGGAUGACUCACUGGAACUUCAGUUGUUCCUCAGCAGUGUUCGUGAUGUGGAAUCCUGGUGCAAUGAUGUCAAGACUCUCAUGUCUUCGGAAAAGCUUGGUGAUGAUGUCGCAACAGCUGAUACUGUGCUCAAGAGACAUGGCAAAAGAAAGGAUGAAGUAUCUGCUCGGGACAAAGCUUUCUCGGACCUAGACACAGCAGGGCAGAAGAUGGUUGAUGCUAAGCACUUUGCUUCGGACAGAGUGCAAGAGAAGAUGGCUUCCCUUGCCGAGACGAAGAAGUCACUUCUUGAGCUGUGGAGCAGUCGCCAGAAGGACUUCUCCGACAACAUGGACUUGCAGACUUUUUAUCGUGAUGACGAGCAAAUGCAUCACUGGAUGAACCGGCAAGAGAUCUUUCUGUCUAAUGACGAUCUUGGAGACUCACUUGAGUCGGUCGACCAUCUCGCGGAAAGCCAUCGUGAUUUCGAGAAGAAACUGGAAGGCCAUGCAUCCGUAAUGGACAAGCUGGAAGGAACUGGAAAAGCUCUGGUGGAGAAGGAACACUUCGCUUCGUCCAGUAUCCAGGAAAGAGUUGCCAAGCUCCAAGAGCGACGAAAGACAAUCCUGGAAACAGCCGACAAGAGGCGAACAGCAUUGGAGGAUUCACAGAAACUGCAGCAGUUCUUACGCGAUACACGCGAGCUGCUCAGCUGGAUUUCUGACAUGGUGAAGGUGGCCAACGAUGACUCUUACAAGAAUCCUGUCAAUCUGCAAAGCAAGCUGAAGAAACAUGAAGCGUUCAAAGCCGAAAUUGAAGCAAAUAAUGAGCGUAUCGACAAAGUGAAGAGCUACGGCCAGAGCCUGAUUAGUGCUGAGCACUACGCUGCUGAGCAAAUCAAAGAGAGAAUCGAGGAGCUGGAGAAGCAGUGGGCUCUUUUGCAGGAUGCAUCGGCAGAGAAACAGCAAAAACUAGUCGAAGCCAAUCAGCAGCAGACAUUCAACCGUCAAGUGGAUGACUUCAGCCACUGGAUUACCGAUGUCAAGACACAGCUGGGUUCAGAGGAUCUCGGCAAGGAUGUUCCGGCAGUGCUCAACCUUCUAAAGAAGCACGAGAUGCUUGAAUCAGAUGUCAAGGCUCAUGAGGAAAGGUUAUCGUACAUUCAACAACAGUCGCAAGAGCUCCAGGAUGCUAACCAUUUUGCCAGCCCGGCUAUCAAGGAGAGAGCAGGCCAGGCCGCCGAGGAAUACUCAGCACUUACAGAACCUCUUGCAGUACGGCAAAAAUCUCUGAGCGACUCCAAGGCUUUGCAGCAGUUCCUGCGCGAUGUUUCUGACGAGAAGAGCGGCAUUAAUGCAGUGGUGCUCUCUGAAGACCGUGGCAACAGUGUGGCUGAAGUACAGGAUCUUCUGCGCGGCCAUCAGGGCAUUCAAGCCGACGUCGUAACAUCAGCAAAGAGAGUAGAGGUCCUGCAGGAACGAGGCAAGGAACUUCAGGAACAAGGACAUUAUGCUGGUGAAAGCAUAGAGAGCACUUGCAAGGACCUGUCUUCGGACUUGGAAAAGCUUCAGGAAGCAUUCAAUGAACGUCAACUCGACUUGGAUGAAUCCUUGAAAGAGCAACAGUAUGCUGCAGAUAUGGCCGAAGCCCGGCUCUGGCUUGAUGAGAAGAAGCGCCUUAUUGCCUCGGAUGAUCUUGGGAAUGAUGAAGAGGCAACUCAGCUUCUCCAAAAGAAGCAUGAUGCCCUCCUGGCCGACCUGAAGACAUUUGAAGCCACCAUGGAGAAGCUUGAAGAAAAGCGGAAAUUGUGCCUGGUGCACCAGGACUCUGUGGAUAGUGGAAACCAACCUGAUGGCCCGCAUAUUGUGCUCAACCAGAACCUUGUGGCUGGACUUCUUGAGCAGCAAGCGUACUUGGAGAAGCUAGGCGAGGCCCGUCAGAAACACAAGUUCAUGAAUAUGGUCAAGGAAGAAGAGGAUUGGAUAAUCGAGAAGACACCCCAUGCUACGUCAUUGAGCUUUGGAAGAGAUUUGGAAAGUGCUGAAGAGCUGAAAAAGGACCACGACUCCUUCUCCGCUGAAGUUGCUGCCCGGCAGAACAAGGUGGACGACGUCUGGUCAGAGUGUGCAAGGCUUGAAGAUAAUGGGCACUCGCAGAAGGACGCGAUCAAGCAGCGUGCUGUGGACUUGGACAAAUCUUGGAAGAUACUACUCGAUUCCAUGGACAAUCGUACAAAGCUGAUGGGCGAGGCAAUCGAAGUCCACACGUUCAACAAAAAUGCCAAUGAACUGAUAGCCUGGAUGGCUGAGAAGGGUUUGGUACUCUCCGCCGAAGAUCUUGCAGGCACCCUGUCAGAUUCUGAGGCAAUGCUGCGCAAUCAUGAAACUGUCCUCAGUGACCUGGGACCAAUCGAGGAGAAGGUUCAAUCCAUCGACACAGAAGCCAAUCGUCUCAUGGGGGCCUACCCGGACUACCUGGAGGAUGUGAAGGAGAAAAAUGACACCGUCAAAUCAGCCCUAGCUGGCCUUCAAGAAUUGGCAAAUCGCCGUGGAAAGAAGCUCAGUGCCUCCGAGCAAUAUCAGCGAUUCUUGAUGAUGAACUUGGAUAGCACCAUAUGGCUGGGAGAGACCAUGCCACUUGUGACUUCUGAAGAGCUCGGUGAUUCCGUGGAGGAGGUCGAGACGCUACUUGAAACACACCAGGCGCAUCGUGGUGACAUAGACUCGCACCAGGCGUCCGUGGAUCAGGUGCUUGAAUACGGCCAGAAGCUUCUGGACGCUGAUCACUACGAAAAGGAAAGCAUUGAAGCCAAGCUCAGUGACCUUCGGAAAGAAUGGGCAGCUGUCAAUGAGGAAUGGAAGAAGAGGAAAUCAUUACUGGACCAGUCCCUUCAGCUGCAGAUGUACCAACGGGAUGUUGGCCUCGCCACUCAGUGGAUUUCGCAGAAGAAGUCCUGGAUGUCCAAGGAAAGUCUGGGAGAGAGCAUCGAUGGAGCUGAAGUCCUCAUCAAGGCUGCAGAGGACUUUGGCAAGUCCCUUGUUCCCCAGGAGGAGAAGAUCACCACGCUGGCUAGCACCGCAAGCAAACUCACAUCAGAUGGUCAUUACGCAUCUGACAUUAUUCAGAAGGAUCAAGAUGCACUCAACAAAGCUUGGAGUGAAUUGAAGGCACAACACGAGGAGCGCAGCAAGCUGUUGGCAGAGUCACUUGCGAUGCAUAGUCUAUACCAGAAGUGCGAGGAAGCGGAGAGCUGGGUUGCUGAGCAACAGAAGACUGCUUCGGACGAGUGUUACCUGGACACAACGGACAUUGAGGGUAAGCUCCAGAAGCAUGCUGCAUUUGAGGCUGAAGUGACUGCGCACACCAAUACCAUUGAUGCACUGAACAGCAGUGGAAUGUCCAUGAUUGAUCAAAGCCAUUUUGCAUCCGACGAUAUCAAGAAACGCUUGGACAGCAUUGCUCAGCUGUGGCAGCUACUGCUAGACAAGCUUGCUGAAAGAGGGCGAAAGCUCCGCGAUGCCCAGAAGAGAGUGCACUUCCUGCGAGAGGUGGACGAGGUUGCAUCAUGGAUCGCAGACAAGGAGCCGAUUGCUGCAUCUGAUGAAUUCGGAAAGGAUCUAGAGCACGUUGAAGUGCUUCAGAAGAAGUUUGAUGACUUCCAGAAGGACCUUGCAGCAAAUGAAGCUCGUCUGCUGGCAGUUCGGCAACUUGCUGAGUCUCUGGAAGCUGAGAAUCAUCCUGACCUGGACUUGAUCAAAGAACGCUCCCAGGAGCUGGAUUCGUCUUGGGACAACCUCAAGCAACUGUCCAAUGACCGGAAUGCUAAGCUAGCGGCCGAGCAUGAGAUCCAGAAAUUCUACAGGGACGCUAACGAGACCACCAGCUGGAUGAAUGAGAAGAGCGCCAUCCUGUCGUCGGACGACUUUGGUCGCGACCUGGCCAGUGUCCAGGCCCUCCAGCGAAAGCAAGAUGGCUUGGAACGAGACUUGGCCGCUUUGGAGGACAAGGUUGGUGCCCUCGGCGGUGAAGCCACCCGUUUGCAGAAGCGUUACACUGAGAGUGCCGAUCAAGUCGCAGCCAAGCAAGCAGAGAUUGUUGGCAACUGGGAAGGUCUCAGACAAAAGGCUGCUACGCGUAAAAGCAAGCUGGCUGAUUCCUUACAGUUGCAGCGAUUCCUGGCCAGUUAUCGUGAUCUUGUGUCGUGGAGUGGCGACAUGAAGAACCUUGUGUCGUCUGAUGAGCUCGCCAAGGAUGUUCCCGGCGCUGAGGCUCUUCUAGAACGUCACCAAGAACGAAAGGGAGAAAUCGAUGCUCGCGAGGAUAUCUUCCGGUCGACCAACCAAUUUGGUCAGUCCCUUGUCGCUGCGCAGCAUUAUGCUAACGAUGAGAUCAGAGAAAAGCUGGCCUCUCUGGGCGAGGAACAGCAAUCACUGCUGGAACUGUGGGACCAGCGCCAGAAGGAGUUCUGCCAGUGCAUGGACCUGCAGGUGUUCAUGCGUGACACGGAGCAGAUGAACGCCUGGAUGGGCAAGCAAGAGGUAUUCCUUGCCAAUGAAGAUGUGGGUGACACACUGAAUGGUGUAGAGGCCCUAAUCAAGAAGCACGAGGACUUUGAGACAUCCCUUGCUGCCCAAGAGGAGAAGAUCAAGGCUCUCGACGAGUCGGCUACUAGACUGGUCGGCGGCGAGCACUAUGCGUCGGCAGACAUUGCUAAGCAACAACAGGCGCUCCUUGCGAGACGAGAGGAGCUCAGAAAUAAGUGCAAGCUUCGUCGCCAGCGCCUGGAAGCCUCACUGCAGCUCCAGCAGUUUGAGCGUGACGCAGACGAGGCCAAGGCAUGGAUCAACGAGAAGCUAAAGACAGCGCAGGAUGAAAACUAUAAGGAUCCGUCCAAUCUUCAAGGAAAAUUGCAGAAACACCAGGCAUUCGAGGCCGAGCUUGACGCCAACCGUGGCCGCAUCGACAACGUGAACAACUGUGGUCAGGGCCUUAUCUCCAACGACCACUAUGCAACCGAUCAAAUCCAGGAGCGGCUAGAAGAACUCUCUGGUCUCUGGAAACUACUCUCUGAUGCUUCUGGAGACAAGGGUCAAAAGCUGAAGGAAGCGAACCAGCAACAACUAUACAACAGAGGAGUGGAGGAUGUUGAGCUAUGGUUGGAUGAAGUUGAGCAGCAACUGGCAUCGGAGGAUCUUGGACGAGAUUUGACCAGCGUGCAGAAGCUGCAGAAGAAGCAUGUUCUGCUGGAGUCCGACAUACAAGCUCACAAGGAUCGCAUUGAUGCAGUUGAUCAGCAGGCCGAGAAGUUCAUUGCAGACAAUCAUUUUGAUGCUGAUGCAAUCAAGGCCAAGCGUGACGCUUUGACGGCUCGCUAUGCAGCCCUUCAGAGCCCAAUGGCUAAGAGGCAUGCCGUACUAGAUGAUUCUCUGCGACUGCACCAGUUCUUCCGUGAUAUUGAAGACGAAGAGACGUGGAUCAGAGAGAAAGAGCCGAUUGCAUGCUCCACGAACAGAGGCAAGGACUUGACCGGCGUGCAGAACCUUCUGAAGAAGCACCAGGCCUUGCAGGCUGAGUUGAGUGGGCAUGAAAAUCGCAUUCAGACCGUGUGCAGUGAAGGUCGAGCUAUGCAGGACACCGAUCACUUUGCCAGCAAGGAGAUACAAGGCAAGGUGGAAAAACUCCUGGCUGACUGGGACAAUCUGAAGGAUAAGGCACGAACACGGAAGACGGACCUGGAAGAGUCUCUGCAAGAACAACAGUACUUUGCUGAUGCCAACGAGGCCGAGUCAUGGAUGCGUGAGAAGGAGCCCCUCGUGGCCAGCACUGAUUACGGCAAGGACGAAGAUAGUGCCCAGGCUAUGCUCAAGAAGCAUGAGGUGAUCAUCUCAGACCUGGAUGCCUACAACAACAGCAUCUCCCAACUGCAGGAUCAGAGCACACAGUGCCAAGCACUAAGCCGUCCCCAGGCCGAGGAGCAGGGCAAGGAAUGCGUCAUGGCCAUGUUCGACUACGUCGCCAAGACGCCCCGUGACUUGCCGAUGAAAAAGGGCGACGUCUUGACCUUGCUCAAUGCCAGCAACAAGGAUUGGUGGAAAGUGGAAAGUCCCAGUGGACAGCAAGGCUUUGUACCUGCAGCCUAUGUCAAGAAAAUGGACCAGGGUGCCGGACAAAGUGGCUCUUCGGCACAGUCAGAUGAAGACUCUGUUGCGAAUAGACAAUCUGUCAUCGAUGCAAAGUAUGCCGAGCUGAUUGAUCUAGCCAAGAAACGUCUGCACAAACUGCAGGAGUCUACAAAGCGACACAUGCUGAGCCGCGAAGCUAACGAACUGGAAUCCUGGAUCAGCGAUAAGGAGGCUGUUGCGAGUUCUGAUGAGCUGGGUAAGGAUCUGGAACAUGUCGAGGUACUGAUCAAGAAGUUCGAUGACUUCCAGAAGGAUCUCGCUGCUAAUGAGUCUCGUGUCCACGCUGUUAAUCGACUGGCCAAGCAGCUGAUUGAAGAAGGCCAUUCCGAUGCCGAUGACAUCCAGGCGAUUGCAGAUAGAUUGAACAAGCGAUGGGAGACGUUGAUGAGACUCAGUGAACGCCGAAAGCAGAAUCUCGACGGAUCCCAUGAAAUCCAGAGAUUUAACCGUGAUGCCGAUGAGACAAAGAGUUGGAUCAACGAGAAGGGCAUGGCACUGUCGUCGGACGACUUUGGUCGUGAUCUGGCGGGCGUGCAGGCUCUGCAGCGCAAGCACGAGGGACUGGAACGUGACCUGGCUGCACUGGAAGACAAGGUCAAGCAGCUUACGGAUGACUCUGGUCGUCUGAUGACCGCAUUCCCAAUGUCCUCCGGAGCCAUUCAAGCCAAGCAGACGGAGAUUGCUGAUGCUUGGAGCAGCUUGAAGGCACAGUCUGCAGCAAGGAAGACUAAGCUCCUGGACUCACAUGAUCUACAGAGAUUCUUGAACGAUUUCAGAGAUCUCAUGGCAUGGACGAACAGCAUUACUGCACUGGUGUCAUCCGAUGAACUUGCCAAGGAUGUUGGUGGAGCAGAAGCACUGCUGGAAAGACAUCAGGAACACCGGUCCGAGAUUGAUGCACACAAGGCACAGUUCCAGGCAUUCCAAGUCUUUGGCCAGCAGCUAACUACAGCUGGUCACUAUGCCACACCGGAAAUCAAGGAGAAGAUUGAUACUGCCCUUGCUGAGAAAGAGGCUCUUGAAAAAGCGUGGCAGGCCAGGAAACAACGCCUUGACCAGUGUCUUGAUCUACAGCUUUUCAACCGUGACUCAGAGCAAGCCGAGUUGUGGAUGCAGCAGCGUGAGAAUUGGCUGGCCAAGGAAGACGUCGGCGCAUCUCUCGAUGGCGUCGAAGCCCUGAUCAAGCGGCACGAAGACUUUGACAAGUCUCUUAUUACCCAGGAGGAGAAGAUUGCCUCACUACAGGAAUUUGCCAAUCAGCUGAUCCAGACAAGGCACUACGAUGCUGCUGCCGUGGCUGAACGCAGAGCUGCUGUACUCGCAAGGUGGUCCAAGCUGAAGGCGGCGCUGGUGGCACGGAGAAGCAAGCUGGGUGAAUCCCAGUCGCUUCAACAGUUCACCAGGGAUGCCGAUGAGGCAGAAGCCUGGAUCGGAGAGAAGCUGCAGACGGCUUCCGACGAGUCCUACCACGACCCCACCAACCUUCAGGGCAAGCUUCAAAAGCACCAGGCGUUUGAAGCUGAGGUCUCCGCCAACGAGGACCGCAUCUUCGGAGCGAUCAACAUGGGAAAGAGUAUUCUGGACAACCACCAGUGUGUUGGACAGGAGGAAGCUGUUAAAGAUCGAGUGGCUCUCCUUGAAGACCAAUGGAAUACACUGUUGUCGAAGUCAGCUGAUAAGAGCCAGAAGCUGAAGGAAGCCAAUCAGCAGCAGCAGUUCAACACUGGUGUCAAGGACGUUCUCUUCUGGCUUGGAGAGAUGGAAGCACUUCUCAAGUCAGAAGACUUUGGCAAGGAUCUACCCAGCGUGCAGAACCUGCUGAAGAAACACCAGCUUGUUGAGGCAGACAUCACUGCUCACGAGGCGAAGAUUGGUGAUCUGAACAGCCAAGCGCAGAACUUUGUUCGCGAGGGACACUUCGAUGCUGUGGGUAUCCAGUCCAAACAGGAGCAGAUCAAUGAGCGCUAUGCACAGCUUCAAGUACUAGCUGAAGCUAGAAAGAAGAAGCUGAAUGACUCGCACAUCCUUCAGCAGUUCUUCCGUGACAUCAGCGACGAAGAGGCCUGGAUCAAGGAGAAGAAACUCUUGGUCAGCAACGAUGACUACGGCAAGGACCUGAACGGUGUGCAGAACCUGCGUAAGAAGCACUCCCGCUUUGACACUGAGCUGGAAGGCCACGAGCCAAGAAUCAAGACUGUUCAAGACGAUGGUCAGAAGCUGAUUGCUACUGGUCACUAUGGUGCAGACUCCAUUCAGCAGCGCUGCGAUGACCUGGGCAAGAGCUGGGAAGAGCUUCAGAAACUGUCUGCGGCAAGGCAAAGCAAACUGGAUGAGUCGCUACUCUUCCAGCAGUUCAGUUCCAAUGUUGAUGAAGAGGAAUCCUGGAUCAAUGAGAAGCUCGCUCUGGUCACAAGUGAUGAAGUCGGUGAUACACUCGCCACAGUACAGGGUCUAAUGAAGAAGCACGAGGCCUUCGAAACUGACCUGGACGUGCAUCAGGACCGCGUGACUGAACUCAAGAAGGCUGGUGACGAGCUUAUUGCCAAGGACAAUUAUCAGAAGGCAAACAUCGGCAGCAAGUGUGCAUCUCUUCAGAGUAAACUAGAAGGGUUGGUGAAAGCUGCUGCGGAGCGCAAGAAGAAGAUCAAUGACAACAAUGCUUUCUUGCAAUUCAACUGGAAGGCCGACGUGGUGGAGUCCUGGAUUGGUGACAAGGAGGCUCUGGUCAAGUCUGAGGAUUUCGGCAAGGACCUGCUGUCUGUGCAGACACUUCUGGCCAAGCAGGAUACCUUCGAUGCUGGCUUGAAAGCAUUCACGUCCGAAGGCAUCCAGAGCUUGACUGCACUGAAGGAUGAGCUAGUGGGCAGCAAGCACCGUCAGUCCAGAGCCAUUCUCCAGAGGCACGCUGAAGUUAUGCGACGAUGGGAGAAGCUGCAGAAGGAUUCCGAAGCCCGCAAGAACAAGCUACUGCGCUCACAAGAACAGUUCAAGAAGGUUGAUGAUCUCUUCUUGCAAUUUGCCAAGAAAGCAUCAGCAUUCAACAGCUGGUACGAGAAUGCCGAAGAAGACCUUACUGACCCAGUGCGCUGCAACUCUCUUGAGGAGCUGAAGGCUCUUCAAGAUGGCCACACUCAGUUCCAGUCAUCGCUCAGCUCUGCCAAGGCUGACUACAAACAGCUGGUUGCCCUCGACAGACAAAUCAAGUCUUACAACGUCACUAACAACCCGUAUACAUGGUUCACCAUGGACGCGCUUGAGGAGAUGUGGCAGAACAUCCAGCGGAUCCUCAAGGACCGAGAAGUCGACUUGCAGAAGGAGCAGAAGCGACAGGAGAAGAAUGACGAGCUGCGCAAGGCAUUCGCUCAGCUUGCGAACAGCUUCCACACUUGGCUGACCGAGAGCCGGGCAUCACUCGUAGAAGGCACAGGAUCCCUGGAAGAUCAGCUUGAAGCCAUCCGUCACAAGGCAGAUGAAGUUGCCGAUCGCAAGGAGAACCUAAAGAAGGUGGAGCAGCUAGGAUCUCAGAUGGAGGAGGCUAUGAUCCUGGACAACAAGUACACCGAGCACACUCCGCUGGGACUUGCACAGCAGUGGGAUCAGCUUGAUCAGCUAGCCAUGCGUAUGCAGCACAACAUGGAGCAGCAGAUCCAGGCCAGAAACAUGACCGGCGUGUCAGAAGAUGAGCUGAAGGAGUUCAACCAGAUGUUCAGACACUUUGACAAAGACAACAGCAACCUGCUGGAUCACGCCGAAUUCAAGGCCUGUCUGAGAUCGCUGGGCUACGACUUGCCUAUUGUAGAGGAGGGCGAAGUCGACCCGCAGUUCGAGGAGAUUCUCAACCAAGUCGAUCCAAACCGCGAUGGCCAAGUCAGCAUGGAAGAGUUCAUGGCGUUCAUGAUCAGCCGAGUGUCCGAGAACGUCGAGUCUAGCAAGGAGGUGGAGAACGCCUUCCGCGCCAUCACCAGCAACGGAGACGCACCGUAUGUGACUGCUGCCGAGCUGCUUCAGGCCCUACCCAAGGAGCAAGCCGAGUACUGCAUGCGCAACAUGCAGCCGUACCCGGACGUCAAGGACGCCUACGACUACAAGUCCUUCACCAACUCGGUGUUCUCUUCGUAGGAACGGCAGCAGCUACAAUGACGGAUUCAAGCAGGAAUGUGUCUUACCAACCAGCUAUUACUACUAGACCGAUCAUUUUGACACUGAUACGAACAACCGGAAUCACAAAACAGUCCCCGUUCAUCCCCAUUCAUACAUAAUCAUGAUAGGAUUUGUGCUAUUUGUGCAUGUUGUAGCUGUUCUGAUUUUGCCGCGUCAAUUUUCUAGAAUUUUACACGCUUCGAACAUAUUCUAAACAGGCUAAUUUCACGGUAGAAUUGAUAAGCGAUCAUAUGACUUUGUUUCAAAAUAUUUCCCCGUAGUGCUAUUUUUUACCCGUUUUCCCUCCCGAAUUCUAGAGUAUAUAUUUCGUAUGGUGAUAUUGCCGUUGUGCACCUGCUGUGUCGGCUCUUUGCCUUCUUUGACGUUAUUUAGUUUUCUGCACGUUUGUAGAGUGCUCGAAUGGGACCAAUAAUCAGAAACGUUUCAUUUGAAAUGAUCAGGUACGGCUCACAAGGCGACAUUGAUCUUUUAUUGCAUAAGUUUUUUUGGAAAUUCCCACAUGUAAAAAAGGUAUGAAGA